AUGCCGCACCCAAACACAUCUGUCCAGAUAGUGGAGGUUUGCAGGGUGACACCGCAACCAAACUCACCGGACUCCACCGCCGACACACCAGAUCUGUCCCUUCCUCUAACCUACUUUGACCUAUUUUGGCUGAGGUUUCCACCUGUUCAACGGCUUUACUUCUAUGAAUUAACAUCUUCUCCCUCUAAUUUCGUGCUUGAAAAUCUCAAAUCCUCCCUCUCUCUCGUUCUCCAACACUUCCUACCUCUCGCCGGAAACCUAACUUGGCCCCAAGACUCCCACACUCCCAUCCUCCGCUACUUCCAAGGCGACGCCGUUUCACUCACAGUAGCCGAGUCCGAUGCUGAUAGCUUCGACCACCUUUCAGGCUACGGUGAGUUUAUUGAGGCCAAAGAUUACCAUCCUCUUGUUCCGAGAUUGGACGUCUCUCACGAGCAAGCUGCAGCCAUUGCAUUGCAGGUAACCCUAUUUCCGAGUCGCGGCUUUGUCAUCGGAACAACCAUGCACCAUGCCAUCCUUGACGGCAAAACCUCAACCUCGUUUGUUAAAUCGUGGGCUCAUGCAUGCCAGCAUAUGAUAGUUAACAAUGGCGUUUCCGCUGACUCGGAUUUUUUGUUACCGGAUCAGCUCAAGCCGUUAUAUGACAGAAAGGUGAUUCAUGACCCGACGGGGCACGGACUCGGAUCCCUCUGCGCAAGCGAAUGGCAAAACAUGGACGGGCCAGACAACAAAAGCGUAAUGUGGGAUAUGAAAACUCCACUACCAGACUCAGUUCGAAGAAUCUUUGAAUUUACGCGCGCAAAAAUACAUGUCCUAAGGCAAAUAGUACUGGAUGCGAAAGUUUCGGAUUCAUUACUUCAUUUAUCCACGUUUACUCUAGUAUGUGCUUAUAUGUGGGUUUGUUUAGUCAAGGCACAAGAAGUAGAUGGUGACAAAAUGACGGUUCAGGCCUUUAGCGUGGACUGUAGAGCUCGUUUGGAUCCUCCUAUACCUGCAAACUAUUUCGGAAACUGCAUAGCCGGUGCGGCGGGGUUCGUGAAAGCGAAAGAGUUACUGGGUGAAGAUGGGUUGGUUGUGGCGGUGAAGGCAAUUAGUGAAGCUAUACAGGGUUUGGACAAAGGGGUUUUGAAUGGAGCUGAGGUUUGGGUUUCGAGAAUCAAGGACUUUGUGCAAGUCGAGGGAGUGUAUUCUAUUGCUGGCUCGCAUAGGUUUCAGAUUUAUGAGACGAAUUUCGGAUGGGGUAGACCGAAGAAGGUUGAGGUGGUUUCAAUAGAUAGGACGGGAGCGAUUUCACUUUCGGAUUCGAAGAACGGCGGUGGAGGGGUCGAGGUUGGGGUGGUUUUGAGAAAACAUGCCAUGGAAGCUUUUGGUUCUCUAUUUGCUAAAGGUUUUGGAGACCAUUGA